AUGGCCCUGCUCCGCGCCGCCGCCGCCGCCCUCCGCCGCCGCGCCCGCGUCGCCGCUCUCCCGGCCAUCUCCCCGUUCCCCCACACCAGCACCUCCUCUCCCUCCCCCUCCCCCGCUCCCGCCCCCAACCCCGCCGCCCGGCGCCACCUCAUCACCCUAACCCGCCGCGGCCCAUGCCUUCACCCGCCGUCCGCCUCCGCGGCGGCCUCCUCGUUCUACAUCGACCGGAUCCUGCUGCCCAGCAGCUUCUCGCUCGCGCUCUCGACCUCCUCCCGGGACAAGGACUCGGACAAGGACAAGGAGGAGAGCCUCCCGCCGCCGCCGUCGCCGGCGUCGUGGGUGGAGAGGUGGCUCCCGGAGGCGGCGCGGCCGUACGCGAUGCUCGCCCGGCUCGACAAGCCCAUCGGCACCUGGCUCCUCGCCUGGCCCUGCAUGUGGUCGAUCACGAUAGCGGCGAUGCCGGGGGAGCUCCCGGACUUGAAAAUGCUGGCGCUCUUCGGGUGCGGAGCUGUCCUCCUCAGGGGGGCUGGUUGCACUGUGAAUGAUCUUCUCGACCGCGACAUUGAUAACAAGGUUGAGCGCACCAAAAGCAGGCCUUUCGCAUCAGGCGCUCUAACCCCAUCUCAAGGAGUGGCCUUCCUCGGAGGCCAGCUACUGCUGGGAUUGGGCAUUCUUCUCCAACUUAACAACUUCAGCCGUGUUCUUGGAGCAUCUUCUCUUCUUCUGGUGUUUUCUUAUCCCCUGAUGAAGAGGUUCACAUUUUGGCCUCAGGCAUAUCUCGGCUUGACCUUCAACUGGGGAGCUUUGCUAGGAUGGGCUGCUAUCAGAGGGAGCUUAGACCCUGCAGUCAUCCUUCCACUGUAUACUGCUGGUAUAUGUUGGACAUUGGUGUAUGAUACCAUAUAUGCACAUCAGGACAAAGAAGAUGACCUCAAAGUAGGUGUCAAGUCCACAGCAUUAAGGUUUGGGGAUUCGACCAAGCAAUGGAUCAGUGCCUUUGGCGCUGCAUCCAUUGGCAGCUUAGUGCUCAGUGGCUACAAUGCCGAACUUGCAUGGCCCUACUACCCUCUUCUGACAGCUGCAGCCGCACAUUUGGCAUGGCAGAUUUCAACCGUUGACUUAUCUGACCGUGCAGAUUGCAACAGGAAGUUUGUAUCAAAUAAGUGGUUUGGAGCUUUGGUGUCCAGUGGAAUUUUGCUCGGGCGACUUGCAUCAUGCUAG